GCAACUUUCAAUUGAUUUUGAGUUAAUUUGUGAAAUCAUUGCUUUAAUUUUUAUAAUCUGCACUUCGGAAUAUAAAGUCUUGUAUGCUGAAAAUAUGUCGAAUAACGACGAACUUAUUGCACAAUUUAUUGAGAUAAGCGGUGGAGAUGAAAACGUCGCCAGAUUUUAUUUAGCAAGUUCCAAUUGGUCGUUAGAGGAUGCGCUUUCCCAUUUCCUUGGCAAUCAAGUUGAAGGAGAAGGAGGAAGUGGAAGUGUGGACCAACCCAUAGAUAGAAAUUCAGGCGGUGCAACAGUUGACCCGCCUCCGACCAAUUCGACUAAUCGGAACCGAUCGGAAACUGGCGGUGAAGGUUUCCUCAAAAAAAGCUCGGACAGACCAAAAGUUGCAACACUGAAUGAUAUGACCAAACGCUCGUCGAACGAGGAAGAGGGUCAAGCCUUUUAUGCUGGCGGCUCUGAACGUUCAGGACAGCAAGUUUUAGGGCCCCCAAAACGGAAAAAUUUCCGUGAACAGUUAACAGAUAUGUUUCGCAUGGCACAAGAGCACAGUACUGGGGAUGCAGCGGGACCGUCGACAUCCGGUGCUGUGCAUUGGGGUCAGGGCGUGCGAUUGGGAAUGACAGACACGGAUCAUUCUGUCGUAGCGUCGCAGCAGGGUGAAGGCACCGCAGUAGAGGAGAAGAGGCCUAUUGUAGUGCUAAAAUUGUGGAGUCAAGGUUUUUCUAUCGACGAUGGAGAACUGCGGCUAUAUGAUGAUCCCGAAAACAAAGAAUUUUUAGAGACUGUAAUGCGCGGCGAAAUACCACAUGAGUUAUUGGAAAUGGGGUGGUUGGUUAACGUAGAUGUGGAAGACCAUCGUCACGAGGAAUAUAAGAGAAAAGCGGUGCCGCCUAAAUUCAAAGGCUCUGGCCACACAUUGGGAAGUCCUACACCUAAUGUGGAAGGAGCACCAGCUCCAAGUACAGUCAAUAAAACGCCAGUUGUUCAGGGCAAAGAGGACGAUAACUCUGCUAAGGAAAAACUUAAAGUUGAUGCUUCACAACCAACAACAACGUUGCAAAUACGGUUAGCUGAUGGUUCUCGUUUAAUGGCUCAGUUCAAUCUGAAUCAUACUGUUGGUGAUAUACAUCGCUACAUAAUGAAUGCAAGGCCACAAUAUAUGAACGGAAAUUUUCGAUUGGUCUCGUCCUUUCCAACCCGCGAACUGACAGAUGAAACUGCAACUAUUGAGCUAGCUGGGCUAAAAAAUGCAUCUAUAUUGCAACGAAUGACCUAAAAUUGUAUAAACUUUUUUUUUGGUACAUAAAAUCUGCAGAUAUAUUCAUAAAAUAAUUUAAAAUACCAUUUUGCAGCUUGUUUAAUAAAAAGAUAAAUAA